UCACAACCAAUUAUCAGCUAUUUUUUGACAGAUUUGCUUUUUGACAAAUGAGCGUGCAAAAAAGAACAAGUGCCUCAAUACUAGAGAGUUUCUGAGGAAGAGAGUUGCAAAUUGGGUCAUGUGAUCUCAUUGUCCCUGAUUGGUUGGGGGCUAUAGGGUCCAUAGAUUGACAUUUUGAUGUGGACAAGAGGUUAAAAGCGUGAAUAGUCGCAUUAUAUGGGAUCUCUCCAUUUCCAUUUUUCAUGCAAAUUAUAAAUUAUAAAAGAUGCCUAAAUCCUGCAAUGCUCCCAGAUGCACGAAUUCGAACAAAAAAGGAUAUUGCUUGACGACAUUUCCCCAGGAUUCAAAAAUAAAAGAAGCGUGGAUUGAUGCUGCUGGAGUUACGGAUUGGAAGCCUACAAAAACCGCUGCACUGUGUGAAGUGCAUUUUCAUCCAUCAGCAUUAUACUGCGUGGGCAACAAAAAAUUCAUAAAGAAGAAUGUCAUUCCAACUAUGUUUUGUAAGUGUGAUGAACAUAUAAAAAGAAAAUUUCUCGCAGAAAUUAAAUCGAAGGAAUCAAUUGAAUCUCUUGCUUCUAAAAAAGUAAGAAAUGAUCAUUCGUAUUUUAUAGAAAGUAAAAGUUGUAAGACAAACCAGUAUGUUAAUGAAUUUAGAGAACAUAAUUACUUUUCUGUGCGUAAAAGUACAGAAUGUAGGUUUCAAUCUCAAAAAGAAAAACUUACUGGUAAAUAUGUCCAUACUUCAAAUUGUAUUGUAAUGAAAAAACCUAUUACUAUAGAUACAUUGAAGAAGGCAUUAUCUGAAAAAGAUAAUGACAAGUUAGAUUCUAAUCCAGUUGAAGAUAAUAAUAAUAGAAAUACAGUUGAAGAUAAUAAUAACAUAAAUACGUUACCAGAAAUAGCUGCGAAUGAAACAGUAUUCAUAGAGAGUUCACCUAGUCCAGAAGAAUUUAACCUGCUACAAGAAAAAUUAAAAAUGGCUAAUAAAGAAAAAGAUGCCCUGAAAAGUCAAGUUAAAUAUUUAGAAAAAAAAGUCUUACUAAUGUACGAAGAAAUGCAAGUAAAGUUAAAUAUUAUUAAGGGGGAAAAUAAAGUUUUAAAGGAAAGAGUUCAUCGUUUACAAGAUGAUUUGAUACAUAUUAAGUCUUUUGUUUCCAUAUAAUGCAUUAAAUCUUUGAUGAUAUUGGUUAAUUUUGCACCUAUUUUUCAAUUGUACAUAUUUUGUAGAACGGUUGUUUGAAAGAGAUAUCUGAUUUUGUACUAUUCAAUUUCAAUUUCAGUUUGUAUUCUAGUAUUUCAAUUUUGUACUAUUCAUACUAAUAAUCUUGUAUAUGUCUUGUAUUAAUACUAAUAAUAUCUUAUAUCGUUUGUAUCUUUAACACAUUAAAGCGGUUUGUAAGUAGAAUGUGUUAUAGUAAUAAAAUAAUUUUUUAUAAUUUAUAAUUUGCACGAACAAUGGAAAUCUGAAAAUAUAGAACAUAAAACUCAUAAUGACAUCAUGAUGACAUUACUUAAAAGUCAUUUCAGAAAAAUCAUAAUGAUCUCAUUCGAUACAUUUUUGGCAAUGUUUCAGUGACUUAUGUUUGAUCUCAUAUUUAAUAUGACUUCCAAAGAGAAGAAUAUUACACAAAA